GCCACCAUGUUUGUCCUUGAUUUCAUGUGCCCAUCUCUCUUCGUUCCUACUCCGAGUCCUCUCAGUACUUAUCGUCCUGCUCAACAGACCCUUUCAUGUCUUCUCCUUCUCUCCAUUCACCCUCUCAAGAUGAUUCUUACAUGAACAAUCACCUAAUUCGUCUUGUCCUUCUCCUCCGUGGCGUUCCGUGGCUCUCAUCUGCAUUCGUUGUCACAAAUCUUGCUAGACUGUCAGCCUAGAUCCUUGCGUCUCCUUGAAGUGUGCGCGGUCUCCACAUCUGACUCUAGGCUACCAUCCCUUCACGGCAAGCAACCUAGAACGGACGAGUUUUCCGCGCGUACGGCACGCGCAACUUCAUCGACAUUCAGGUCGUAUCUAAUUCUCUUGUGUGAAACUGUGAUAUGAGUUCCGAUGGUGCAGGUAGUGUACGCAUCGUACCAAUUAUCUGACUGGAUUGCUGUCGCGAUAAAUACUUACCAUUCAUCGCCCAAUGUCCCGUUUCUUCCUGUAUGUCCGCGAUAGCGGACGCGCAAAAGCACCGGCCUUGGAAUGUGAAAACCCAUUCUACAUUCCAUGUGCAAAAGAACUGUGGAAGUUUUGCUAGAGCUGGAUGAAUCGCGUGAUAGGAAGAUCUCGGUGGCUGCGGGGCCGAUUGCCGAUUGACAGCGGAUGGGUAGCCACGCUUAGCAAUACGCCCCAUUUUAGAUCGUAAGACCCCAAACUCUCUCAUCUCGGUUGUGUCUCCUACAAAUGCUCUCGCGGCAAUACAUGAACUGAUACGACAUCUGAGACAACUUUUUUCUCGUCCUCCUCCAAUGUUGCCCUCCGCAAAGGUCAUCCAAGUCGAUACCCGUGGGGCAGUCAUUCUUUCUGAAGAAUCGCCAGAGACGAGGGAUAGUCGGGGAAUCUACCUACCCAAUCACAUUGAACCUGUCUCGCACAUUGCAGUCGAUGUGGGAGGGUCAUUAGCCAAGGUCGUCUACUUCACCAGGUCCCCGGAACCUCCGUCAUCUCCUUCCGCUAUUGCCACUGCCGGGUCCCGGUCACCCGAUAGCCUACGAUCACUCACACCACCCAACGAAACCGAUUCGUCUUCCGCUACCCUCCCUGCGAUCAAACGCGUUAAUGGCGCGCUUACACCGCUCGCCCUCGGCGAUGUGCACAUUGACGGUGCAUCCGCGCUUAUGGGACUCGGGGAGUCCUUCGCGCGCGACACGAUUUUGCGGCGGACGGUGCAAAACUUCCCAGGGGGAUCUUUGAACUUCGAGCGCUACGAAACGGACUCGAUCGACGAUUGCGUCGAAUUCAUACAGUCUCUUAUCCAGCGGUCUGCGGAAGUGAAUGGGGUCCCGAUUGAGGAGAUGCGCAAGAGCGUGAAGAUAAUGGCGACGGGCGGAGGCGCCCACAAGUUCUACGAGCUCUUCCGCGAGACCCUGUGCGUGGAGGUCCGUCGGGAAGAUGAAAUGGAGUGCCUCAUCGAAGGCCUCAAAUUCAUCACUCUCAUUCCGGACGAAGUCUACUAUUUCUCUGACGAACUCAUCCACUCGGUGACGCAAGUUGGAGCUUCGCUAGAAGCACCUCCAGACGUCUUUGAACGGCCCAGUCCCCGACCACCUUCGUAUGCCGUCACGUUCGAGAGCAACCCCAGCCCGCAGUUGCCUUGUCUGCUGGUCAACAUUGGUUCUGGUGUUUCGAUCAUAAAAGUAGACGAGGAUGGCAAGUUCGAGCGAGUCAGUGGAACGAGUCUAGGCGGAGGAACGCUGUGGGGUCUUCUCAGCCUCUUGACACCUGCGACAACAUUUGAUGAAAUGCUGGCUUUCUCGGAAAAAGGCGACAACGCGACUGUUGAUAUGCUUGUUGGAGACAUAUACGGACAAGAUUACAGUCGUCUCGGUCUCAAGUCGACGAUGAUUGCCAGCUCGUUCGGGAAGGUGUUCAAGAAGGGCAGCAAGAAGGGAACCUUCUCUCCUGAGGACAUUAGCCGCAGUCUUCUCUAUGCGGUUUCCAACAACAUUGGACAGAUUGCAUAUAUGAACGCAGAAAAGUACAACUUGGAUAGGAUAUACUUCGGUGGUUGUUUCAUUCGGGGACAUGCUGCGACGAUUGGUACACUCUCGUAUGCUAUCCGUUUCUGGAGCAAAGGGUCAAAGCGAGCAUUGUUCCUCCGACAUGAGGGAUUUUUAGGCUCAAUCGGGGCGUGGCUGAAGAACAUACAAAGCGAGGAAGAUGCAGACAGCUAAUCCGACCAUGUACUGCCCAGUAUUUAUCCUGUAUUUUUAGAAUGAACGUAGAUUAUCUUAUCGAUCUGGCAGUUAGAUUCAGCCCUGAGGCUAGCAUGUAUGUAAGCAUGACAUGGUCACUGUUGCCUUUCUCUAGUGUAUUGAAAGAGACUAGUAGUUG